UUGAGUAUUAUCUAUAUACAAAAUACAAAAAAGAAAACAUCCACCAAAUCUGUUACUUUGUGACGGUUAAAGAAAAUAGUUUUGUUGGGAAUAUUUGUAUUCCUUUUGAGGAUUACAACCUUUUUAUUUUAUUCUUCGGUCGGAUCAAACAAUCAAUCAUAAAACCAUUAUCGAAAAUAACGUGUACCCUCCAAAUCAACAAAAGGCUUUAAACUUCCAUUUUUUCCGUCAAAUCGUCGGCUUUUCCCCAAAUCAAAAACUUUAACUAGCCACCAAACAAACUGCAACUCCGUUCACUUAACUCAUCCCCAAACAACUGAUUGACAGAGAAAUGGCGGAGGUUACGUGCUGCGAGUCGCAAUUCUUCCUGUAUUUACUGGUAAUCGUCGGUCUGGUAGUCUUUGCAGGCCUCAUGGCCGGUCUUACGCUCGGACUCAUGUCCCUAGGGCUUGUAGACCUCGAAGUUCUCAUCCAAUCCGGCCGUCCUAAAGAUCGUAUUCAUGCUUCUAAAAUAUUUCCGGUUGUGAAGAACCAACAUCUACUGCUUUGUACGCUCUUAAUCGGCAACUCUUUAGCAAUGGAGUCUCUUCCGAUAUUCCUGGAUAAACUUGUUCCACCAUGGGCUGCGGUUCUGAUAUCUGUAACACUAAUUCUGAUGUUUGGAGAGAUAUUACCACAAGCGGUUUGUACGCGCUAUGGAUUGACGGUUGGAGCAACAGUAGCUCCGUUUGUCCGUCUCCUGCUAUGGGCUUUCUUCCCUAUUGCUUAUCCUAUCAGCAAGGUUCUAGAUUGGAUGUUGGGAAAGGGGCAUGCUGCUCUUCUACGCAGGGCGGAGUUAAAAACUUUUGUGGAUUUUCACGGCAAUGAGGCUGGGAAAGGUGGAGAUUUGACCCAUGACGAGACUACUAUAAUAGCCGGAGCACUUGAGUUGACCGAAAAGACUGCAAAAGAUGCCAUGACCCCUAUAUCGAAGGCAUUUUCCCUUGAUCUGGAUGGAACUCUUACUUUGGAUACCUUAAAUGCAAUUAUGACCAUGGGUCACAGCAGAGUUCCUGUUUAUUCUGGGGACCGAACAAAUAUUAUUGGAAUCAUCCUGGUUAAGAAUCUCUUGGCGGUUGACCCAGAUGACGCAGUUCCUCUUAGAAAGAUGUUACUAAGGAAAGUUCCAAGGGUUGAAGACAGCAUGCCUCUUUAUGACAUCUUAAAUGAAUUCCAAAAAGGGCAUAGUCAUAUCGCUGUAGUGUACAAAGAUCUGAACAAGAAGACAAACAUGCUGAAAAAAUCCUGGGAUACAGAAACUCAAAAUGUAGCAAACAAAUCACAUUUUCACGAUGCUGAUGGGGCGUUGAUGAAGAGUGACGGAGAUGAACAGGCAAAGAGAAGUCCACCUUCAACUCCGGCUUUCAAAAAGAGACAUAGAGGCUGCUCGUUUUGCAUACUGGAUUUGGAUAACAAUCCGAUUCCCGAAUAUCCGUCGAACGAAAUUGUUGUUGGUGUGAUUACCAUGGAAGAUGUCAUCGAAGAGCUUCUUCAGGAGGAGAUAUUGGAUGAAACUGAUGAAUAUGUAAACAUCCACAACAGGAUAAGGAUCAACAUGAAUGCAUCACAAGAAAACCUUCUUCCCCUCUCGCUACAGUCUGGUUCAGGUGCUACAACAAAAUAACAAUACAUCUUCUUUGGAGAUUACUUUCAAGAUACAGUGCCAUUAGUUCAAUGGGUUUCUUUUAGGUAAAUCUUUCUACAUAUGUUAGUAAUUUGUACUUUAUGGAGUAACAAUUGUGCAUUGGUAUAACUCCUUAAAUAUGAUUUCCAAAGAGCAAGUAUAUCCGCGAACGCGUAUUGUAUUAGAGUAGAUGUGUAUUAUUGAAAGCAAUAGUUCACUUUUUUGUUGAA